AAAGUAUUUAAAAUAAAAGAAUUUUACAAGACCUGGUUAUUAAUACAGUGUGUGUGUGUGUGUGUGUGUGUGUGUGUGUGUGUGUGUGUGUGUUACAGUCGGGAUGGAAAUUGAUGCAGAAUAUGAUAGUGGAAGUGAUGUGGAUUCAAAAAGAAGAGCAAAAGGCAAGAAUAAACCGAAGCCUGCAGCCCGAGGAAAGAAAGCCAAGGCAGAUAGCGUAGAGGAGAGUGAGGAAGAGGAGGAAGAGGCUCCGCGUAAGAGAAAGGGCCGAAAGAAGAAGGAAGAAAGUGAGGAGGAGAGCGAGGAAGAGCAGAAAGGAAGAAGAAAGAAAGCAGCAGGUUCAAAGAAGAGGGCUGUCAAAAAAGAUGACUCCGAAGAGGAGAGCGAAGAAGAGAAGGGAAAUAAAAGAAAAGGAGGAAAAAAAGGAGCAAGUAGGAAGGAGAAAGAGGAGGAAAAUAACAAAGAGAAGAAGGGGAAUGGCAAAGCAGCAGGAAAAGGAGGGAAAGAUAAACAGGAUGAUAAGGAUAAGAAAAAGAACAAAGGCAAAAACAGCAGCGGCUCAUCAUCAGAUGACAAUUCAGAAGAUGAGUCUAUGUCUGAGGGAGAGAUGGCCAGACUAAAAGAGGAAGUGGAGGAGAAGAAAAAGCUGAUAGUGACACUUCGGAACAAACCCUGGCGCAUGAAGAGGAGACUCAAGUGCCUGAAAGAAGCCCAGGCAUUUGUGGAGAAGUUUGAAGGGGCUUUGGGCAAAGGAAAAGGAAGGAGACUCUAUGCAUUCAAAGUCAUGAUGACCAAGAAAUUAAUCAAAUUCAAUAGAGACUUUGAAAACUUCAAGACAGCCUGCAUUCCUUGGGAAAGUCGGAUUAAAGAAGUGGAAAGUCACUUUGGGUCGUCUGUUGCCUCCUACUUCAUUUUCCUCCGGUGGAUGUAUGGGCUAAACCUUGUUCUCUUUGGUUUUGUGUUUGGACUUGUUGUUAUUCCAGAGGUACUGAUGGGCAUGCCUUAUGGUUCCAUUGCCAGAAAAACAGUUCCCAGAGAUGAGCAGGACAGUGCCAUGGACUUCUCUGUCCUGUUUGAGUUUGGAGGUUAUUGCAAGUACUCCAUUAUGUUUUAUGGUUAUUACAAUAAUCAACGCAGUAUUGGACUCCUGCAGUUCCGGUUACCCUUGUCAUAUCUUUUGGUUGGUGUUGGGAUAUUUGGCUACAGCCUAAUGGUGGUUAUCAGAACAAUGGCAAGAAAUGCCAAUGAAGGAGGAGAUGGAGCAGAGGAAGGUGCCUUCACCUUUUCCUGGAAGCUGUUCACUAGCUGGGAUUACCUUAUAGGAAACCCAGAGACAGCUGACAACAAAUUCGCCUCCACCACCACAAGCUUCAAGGAAUCUAUAGUGGAUGAGCAGGAAAACCUAAAGGAUGAGAACAUUCACCUCCGUCGUUUUCUACGUGUCAUAGCCAACAUUCUCAUCCUGUGCUGCUUGGGUGGGAGUGGAUACCUCAUCUACUAUGUGGUCAAAAGAUCACAGGAAUUUGCCAAAAAGGACAGGAAUGAAUUGACAUGGCUUCAAAAAAAUGAGGUUGAAAUUGUGAUGUCACUCUUGGGUUUGGUGUGUCCACCUCUAUUUGAAGUUAUAUCCGAGCUGGAAGAAUAUCACCCUCGAAUCGCCCUAAAAUGGCAGCUGGCCAGAAUCUUCGCCCUCUUUCUGGGCAACCUGUACACUUUUCUGUUUGCACUGUUUGAUGAAGUCAAUGCAAAGCUUGAUAAUGAGAAAGAGAUUAAAAAUGAAACCAUCUGGGCCCUUAAAGAAUACUAUGACAACUACACCUUACACCAUAAUGUCACAGAAAACAUUCCCCCUCCAAACAUCUCCCCAGCUGAUGUCAUCAGGGGUCCUUGCUGGGAGACAGAAGUUGGUAUUGAGUUUGUAAAGCUCACCGUAUCUGAUAUCCAGGUGACAUAUUUAACCAUUUUGAUAGGAGACUUCUUACGAGCUGUGAUUGUUAGAUUCCUCAACUAUUGCUGGUGUUGGGAUCUGGAAGCUGGCUUUCCGUCUUAUGGAGAAUUUGACAUCAGUGGUAAUGUCCUUGGGCUCAUCUUCAACCAGGGAAUGAUCUGGUAAAUGGGUGCAUUCUACGCCCCUGGGCUGGUGGGCAUAAAUGUGUUGCGUCUGCUGAGCUCCAUGUAUUACCAGUGCUGGGCUGUGAUGUCCUGUAAUGUUCCCCAUGAGAGAGUGUUCAAAGCCUCACGUUCUAAUAACUUCUACAUGGGACUGCUCCUCCUCGUCCUCUUUCUCAGUCUCAUGCCUGUGAUCUACUCCAUUAUGACCCUGCCACCAUCCUUUGACUGUGGACCCUUCAGUGGUAAAGAUCAGAUGUAUGAUGUGAUCAUGGAGACUAUAGAGAAGGACUUACCACCGUUUAUGGCUGACAUCUUCAGUUAUGCAUCCAACCCGGGCCUCAUCAUGCCUGCCGUUUUGCUCAUGGUAUUGGCUAUUUAUUAUCUGAAUGCUGUGUCCAAAGCGUAUCAGAACUCUAACAUGGACUUAAAACGCAAAAUGCAAAUGGUUGAUGAGGAGAAGAACAGGAGGAACAACAAGGACAGCACCAACCAGGUGAUGAAAGACCUGGAGGAUCUUCUGCCUAACAAGUCCCUGAUUCCCCCUCCAUCUGCUGAAGAGACUGAGAAACCAGCUGACCAGCUUAGCAAGUCACCAAAGGUGACAGGAAAGCCAGGUGCUGCAGCCACUGGCAAAGGGGUUAAUGUUAAGAAGGAUGUGUCUUUGGCUGCUGCAAAUCCUCGGGCUCCAGUCACUCGUCCUCCAGGUCCCAGGCCACCCGGGCCUCUGCCAGGUAUUGCCCGCGGACCUCUACCAGGUCAAGGCAUGGGAAGAGGAAGAGGUGGACCACCACCACGAAGAUAGUUUCAAGCAAAGAGUUUCUUUUUGUACUAGAUAUUAAAUUUGGAACCAAAUCAAAUUUUAAAGGGGUCAUUUAUGCGAUUUAAAUUUUUCCUUUCUCUUUGGAGUGUUACAAGCUCUUGGUGCAUAAAGAAGAUCUGUAAAGUUGCAAAGACUAAAGUCUCAAAUCCAAAGAGAUAUUAUUUAUAAAAGUUAAGACUUCUCCAUGCCCUCCUAAAAUGCCUCGUUGAAACACGCCCCUAAAUGUCUACGUCACUUUGUGGGAAGAUUUGCAUAACACCACCCAAAUGUCCACGCAAAGAAACAAGGCAUAACUUUUAUUCUCACUGUAGUAUUAUUGUUGCCGCCGCCACUGACAUG